CCCAAUACACUGUCCAACGUGUGUGGCAGCAGCAAAUCUCUCCCCAAAGCCUCCUUGCCCAAGCAAGAUCCGCCCGCAAGGCUCUCAAGUCAGGGUCAUCAGCUCGCCGCCAUGCAUAUAUCAGGGCAACUCGCAUCCGAACAGGCAGGUGAUGGUAGCAUGAACUACAAUCCGGUCACUCCCCACGCAUCCCCAGUGCCGAAAGCUCCCCCUUGCAACUCUAAGGUCGAUUUGGAAGCGGAAAAGACCCCACCGCCUGGUUUCCCAAAGUCGCUUGGCGAACGUCUUGAAUCUUCCGAUACCGAUCCUUAUGCUUUCCUAAAGUCCUUCGACACCAUCUUCCUCAUUGAUGAAAGCGGAUCAAUGGCUGGCCGCUCAUGGAAAGAGACCAGGAAGGCUUUGAAGGAAUUCACUCCGAUCUGCACCCAGUAUGACGGAGAUGGCAUCGACCUCUACUUCUUGAACCACAUCAACUCCUCACCCUACAAGAACAUCACUUCUACCCGAACUGUAGUCGAGAACUCUCAGACCGUCGGCUCCAGUGGUGCAAGGCCAACGGGCGAGUAUCUCCAGGAGAUCCUCAAGCCCUACCUCCAUCGCUAUGAGAUAGCCCCUAAAUCCAUCAAGCCAAUCAACAACAUCGUCAUCACUGAUGGUGAGCCAACCGACGAUGGGGAGGCUCCCAUCAUCCCGGCAGCGAAGAAGCUGGGUGAGAUAGAAGCGCCCGCAUGGCAAGGGGGCACCCAGUUCUUCCAGGCUGACAAGAAGGAGUAUGUGCGUGUGGCCUUCAAUCAGAUGACUGGUGGACUUGCGAAACUCCCUGGCCACGAGAAGAUUCUCAUGCCCUACCUGCAGAAAGUAUCAUCGACGCGAUACAGAGCAUUCCCCGAUACAGCCCCGAAAGACUGUGGCCGCUCCCGUACGAGAUCCCGCGCCCAAUCCCCCCGUGUCAACCCCGCAGCACUCACUUUCCUCACUUUAUUUGCCCAGCUGCCGAUCAUUCAAGCUGCCCCUCAACACAUAUCAACAGCGUGGGGCAUACCGAUCUUCAAUACGCUCAGCGCAGGAACAGGCAUGGCGAUCUCAACCUUUAACGACGAGGCAAACACCAAUCCCGUCUUGUUCUGGGUUGUAUACGGAUCCUGGAUUGCAUCAGCGGUAACGGUCGUCGGGUUCACUACCUCUUCCAUCAAGAAGGGCUCUCGAUUGCGAUAUUUAUGUACCUUUGUCCUCGUAGAAUUCAUCCUCCUGACCAUGAUCGCACUUUCGUCAAUUAGUGACCAGGGGUUCGAAACAAAGACUCUAAAGGAGUGGAUGCCUUUGUCAACGAUCAUUAUUGCAGGUGGUUUGACGGCGGGGUUUAAGAGGGUGGCCUGAUUGUUAUGUUGAAAGCAAUACGAGACGACUGAAAGGUCGCGUGAAUGAUUUUGAUAUUUUUGCAUUUAUAGCGUUUUCUUUUGUAUAAGUCUUUUACACACUUUCGACUAUCAAAACUAACAACCAUAGUAGAACUUGAAUUACAAUGGUUUUAAA